GACCACUUUUCUUGGCCUAAAUUGCAACGUCAACUGAAAUGACUUGCCUUUUAUUGGUUUCCAAGUAAACUAGUUGGUUUUCUGACAUAGACUUUGCAUUUACAACAUUUAAGGCAUAAUUACACCAGGGGGGGAUUCAUUAAUUCCUGUCAGAACACCAAACAGUAACAAUCCAGCUCUGCAUUAUAGAUGAUGUUGACAUUUUUACUAUUACACCCACUUUCAUCAAUCUAAUCCCAUGAUGCUGCUCCCACCCUACUUAGUCCAUUCCUUUAGUCCAGCAGGGAUUAACUAGGUGGAGUCAGUCAUGAUCACUAAAUAUUAGAUAUUAGAGUCUGUAUGUGCAUAAUCUGACCCUAAUUAGAAAAUAUCAAUUAUAAAUUGAAACAUUUGCAACACAUUCUUGUUUUUAAAACUCGUCAUAGAUGUUUAAACCUAUCCAGUAAAAGCCCCUGAAUUAUUAUGCCACCCGUGCUGAUGGAAGUUAUCCACAAACUGUGUGUGCUUCGCGGUAAAUCCGGCGUUGUUUAGUGAAAUUCGUGUCGUUUCUUCUCCCUUUAAGGCUUCCGUCCCUCUGAAAGACUGACAGCAUCGUGGUCAUUGUUGGAUCUCCGGUCUCCUCCUCCCUCUCCUUCUCCCCUCCCUUCGCUCUCCUCUCAGUCCGUCCACCCCCACUCCUCUCCGCACACGCUUCCCGACUUGCGCAUCGCCUCCUCCGGCAACAAUGACCAAGGAUUUCCCGGAGGAGGAGACCCGAGCUCCGGGCGGCGGCGGAGGAGGAGGAGGAGGAGGAGGAGGUGCGGCGGCGGCGGCGGCAGCGAAAGGCGCAUCCAGAAGAAACCGAGCGGAUGACAAUGUCACCAUCCUGACAUCCUCCAUGGAUUUCUACAGAAGCGGCCGGAGCCGAGCCCCCAGCGGCAGCAGCGACGCCGCCCCGAGCCUCACCUCCUCCGUGGAGCUGAGCACCUCCUCCCUGGACACGAGCAUCCAGACGCGGAUCUUUAAGAUCAUCGUCAUCGGGGACUCCAACGUGGGCAAGACGUGCCUCACCUUCCGCUUCACGGGGGGCAGCUUCCCCGAGAAGACCGAGGCCACGAUCGGCGUGGACUUCAGGGAGAAGGCGGUGGAGAUCGAAGGGGAGACCAUCAAGGUACAGGUGUGGGACACGGCCGGCCAGGAGCGCUUUCGCAAGUCGAUGGUGGAACACUAUUACCGCAACGUCCACGCCGUGGUGUUUGUUUAUGACGUAACCAAGAUGGCUUCCUUCCGCAACCUACAGACAUGGAUCGAGGAGUGCAAUGGCCAUCGGGUGUCAGCGUCAGUGCCUCGAGUUCUGGUGGGAAACAAAUGUGACCUUGUGGAUCAAAUUCAGGUCCCCUCUAACAUGGCGUUGAAAUUUGCGGACUCCCACAACAUGCUGCUGUUCGAGACGUCCGCCAAGGACCCGAAGGAGAGCCAAAACGUCGACUCCAUCUUCAUGUCGCUGGCCUGCCGCCUGAAGGCUCAGAGAUCCCUGCUCUACAGAGACGUGGAGCGAGAGGACGGGAGAGUCAGACUCACACAGGAGACGGAAACAAAGACUAUGUGUCCGUGUUGAGGAAGAAGAGGACAGGGAGGCAUUCUAGAAAAGGAGAUGAGAAUAACUCACAUUGUGAUGGAGGAAUGGGAUAUAGGAGUCUAAAGGGGACUUUACUGGUUUAAGAUGGCAGGGGAGGUUUAUGAUGAUACUAGUAGCAACGUGCUUUCAGCGACUGAUGGUGGAGGAAGACAGAAAGGAUGAGUUUGAACUGAGGUAUCGACAGAGUUCUUGCUCUUGAACAAAAGCAAGAGAUUGGGAAGUGGCAUGUAAUAAUGAUGCUGCCUUUUAGACUACAAUAGUGUGAAAAUUCUUCCACUGACUUUCCUAAUAAUGCUGUAUCGCCUCAUUCUUAUCAUUCCCCAUACGUUAGCUCUGAUUCCAGACAACAGGACUUCUCAGCCCCUUUUUUUUCCCGACAGCUUUAAUAACAAAAAAAAAAAACGCCAUCAGACUCAUAACCUUUACAAGCCAUUUGGAGGAGUAAAGGCAGUGUAGAGGCAGCAGCUAAGCUAUCGCACAUCCUGUUUCAAUGGAUUGUUUCCAGCAGGAUAUGAUCCCCAUCAUCUGUCACAUCUAAGACGUACCAAAUAUAAAUAAAACUGUAGACGGUACUCAAGGUGGGCCUGUGCAGAAGCAUUUUCUAAAGCGGACCCCUAAUGGGUCGACCUGUAGCACGUCACCUAUUGAUUUCAGAGAUCCUCUUACCCAUAUGUGCUCGCUUACACAGAGCAUCCUCUUUCUUCUCUGCCCCUGGUAUAAACAUAUCCUCUCUGUGUUUUGCCUCUGAGGAGAGGGCUUAGCCUGCUCUCACUUUUGUGUGCAAAUUCACAAAGAUCCAGUCUCGGUCUUACGGGACUUCAGUAUAUCCAGUCGGCUCUCUUCCAUUCCCUUUAGUCUGUUUUGUCUGGUGCCUUGCUAAAGUAUUCAUGCUCCUUCAACAUUUACUCAUUCGGCCAUGGUACAGCUGCAAACGUCAGUGUAUUUUACUGGUGUUUUAUGCAAUGGGCCAACGCAAGGUAGCGCAUAAUUGUGAAAUGAAAGGAAAAUGAUAAAUGGUUAGUAAACUCAUUUAUACAUGGAAAAAGUGUGGCUUGCAUGUGGGUUUAGCUGCAUUUACUGGUAUAGCUCCAAAUAAAAUCCGGUGCAAU